AUGUUCUCUCUCUCUUCCGGCCUCCACCUUCCCGAUGGCCCAACUCCUAGUGGUUCCCCGCCUAUCUCCCUCCGUACUAGCACGCCCCUGUCUUCAGCCUCUCUCGGCCCACCUGAUUUAUCUGGACCGGUGACAUUUAGUCCCAGCCAAGACACUAUGGCCUAUUCCACACCUACAAGCUAUUACCGAGACACCAACUCCUCCAGUGACUUAGGCCAGCAAGCAAGAAAUUGCAGGGCAGAUAUCACACCAAGUCGACCGUAUUUGCCGACGCUAACGUCACCAGAAUCCUCUAUGCAAUUAAGUCAUACGAGUUGCGAAAGCGCUUUAUUAACUCCCAAGAGGCCCAGCCCCACUUUGAAGAGUCUGAUGCAUCAAAAACUGUCGAAUUUCAGCGAUAUCGUGCAACGAAAGGAGGAUAAAAGAGAACAUGAAGACUACGACGAGGAAGAGGGCAGGGAGGACUGUAACGAGAAGGAAGAUGACAAAGAAGGGAAGUUGGAAAACGGAAGAGCAAAGAGAUUUAAAUAUGAAAAGGCUCGAUCAUGCGAACUUCGUUGCCAGGUGAGCAAUGGAUUGGCGGUCAAAAGGCCUCGGAUUUGGUCAUUGGUCGAAAUGGAUCCAUCUCCCAAACAAGAAGCUGACAGGCACCACGAACUUGAGGCGCUUCGCGACAAAAUUGAGCCAUCAACUAAUGCCCUAUUGGCCCCUUCUGGGAAUUCGUCCCGGAUGCCUGACUUGUCGGAAUCUGAGCCGAAUUCCCCUCCAAGAGUGCAGCAGGCGAGGCGAGUUCAGACACCUAUAACCUCUGUACAGGCGAUAGGUUUCGGGAGUCAUCCAAAAAUAGAGACGGCAGAUGAAAAGUUCAAUGUCCGGUCUCGAAAAGCCAGGCUAAUUGGACAAAAAGAAAUCACUCAUCAAUGGGAAAGCCUCAGAGAGAGCGAUAAAACUAACUGCAAACUCGCCCCAACUGGUAAUGAAGAUGACCUCGACUGCAAAGUUUUCAAUACCAAUAAAUCAGCGGGCAAGACGGCAGUCCCCAAACUCCGCAAUGAUGAAGCUCUUCUCUCGGUUACUAAAACUGUGUAA